AGGGCGGGUCGCGCCUUUGUGUGAGCGCAGCCGGGAUGGUGCGGGGCGCCGGGCCGAGCCCCUUGCCCUGCCAGUUUCUGGAUGCCAAGCACCUCCCGCUCACGCAGCUGGUGAAUGCUUGAAGCAGCAGCUGACCAGGAGAGGGACUCUUAAGCAGCUGCUAAGAUGGGCAUGAGGAUCAAGUUGCACAGCACCAAUCACCCCAACAACCUACUGAAGGAACUCAACAAGUGCCGUCUGUCCGAGACCAUGUGCGACGUCACCAUCCUGGUGGGCAGCCGCUCCUUUGCUGCCCAUAAGGCUGUUCUGGCCUGUGCUGCUGGCUACUUCCAGAACCUCUUUCUGAACACAGGGCUGGAUGCUGCCAGGACCUACGUGGUGGAUUUCAUCACCCCAGCCAACUUUGAGAAGAUCCUGAGCUUCGUGUACACCUCAGAGCUCUUCACAGACCUCAUCAACGUGGGCGUCAUCUACGAGGUGGCAGAGAGGCUGGGCAUGGAGGAUCUGCUCAAAGCUUGUCACUCAACCUUCCCAGACCUGGAGAACUCAGCCAUCACCAAACAACCUUCCCUGUCUGUGGGUGAAGGCAGGUCAGGGCCCCUGAGCAGCAGCUCCUCGGAGCAGAGCCAUCCUUUGGGUGAAAUCCGGAGCGCUGGGGAACAUUUUGGCCCCGAGAGGAGUUACAUGUUGCAUGGGGAGAUGUUGCACAAGGAGGACGACAGGAGCACUGUGAGUGAAGCCAGCCAGACCCUUCCCCUCAUGCAUCCACAGCAGCCUCCCAAGACAGAGCAGGAGUCAGACCAAGGGCAGUUGGCUCCUGCUGCCGGCGUCGCGGCACAACCCGGCUUAGGCGCCGUCAACAUCGUCGUCCAAACCGCUCCAGGCUCCUGCCAACCCUACAAGGUCCAGAGCAACGGUGACUAUGGCAAGGGUGGCUUCUUUACUGCUGAUCCUUCCCUGGAUGCCUCCACGGGGAGCAACUCCUGUCCCAGCAACAGCGACCACUCCAAAGAGCAAGUGUUUGGGCAGAUGGAUGAGCUGCAGCUGGAGGAUUUGGGUGAGGAUGAGCUGCAUUUUGAAGAUGCCAGCGAAGAGCUGGGGCCAUCAGAAGAAGUCAUUGAGCUGAGUGAUGACAGUGAGGAAGAGCUGGCCUUUGAGAACGACAGCCGGGACAGCAAGGCCAUGCCCUGCCAAGUGUGUAAGAAGGUCCUGGAGCCCAACAUCCAGCUGAUCCGGCAGCACGCCAGGGACCACGUGGAUCUGCUCACAGGGAACUGCAAAGUCUGUGAAACCCACUUCCAGGACAGGAACUCCAGGGUCACUCAUGUUUUGUCCCACAUUGGCAUCUUCCUCUUCUCCUGUGACAUGUGUGAGACCAAGUUCUUCACCCAGUGGCAGCUGAGCCUCCACCGACGAGAAGGAGUCUUUGACAACAACAUCAUCAUCCACCCCAGCGACCCUCUGCCGGGGAAGGCAGCUGUGUUUGGGGGAGGACCAGGCUCUGAGCUGGCUUGUGCUGCCUGUGGGAAGCCCUUGGCCAAGGAUUUCCACACCAUCCGUAACCACAUCCUGGAGCACGUCAACCUGAAGAGCCAAACGUGCGGCGUGUGCGACCAGCGGCACCUGAGCCUCUGCAGCCUGCUGUGGCACACCCUCACCCACCUGGGCGUCUCGGUCUUCUCCUGCUCCGUGUGUGCCAACAGCUUCGUGGAUCGGCACCUCCUGGAGAAGCAUCUGGCUGUUCACCAGAACGUGGAGGAGGCUCUUUUCAGGUGUCACUUCUGCGGGCAGAGCUUCAAGCUGGAAGCGGCGUAUCGGUACCACGUUGGCCAACACAAGUGUGGUGGAGGAGGGGGUGGCUUGGAGAUGCGCCCCAGCUUUGGAGACCGUCUCCAACCUCAAGGGUUGCAGAAGAGAAAGCUCCCAGAGGAGUUCCUGAGCGAAGACCUGGCUUUGCCAAACCAACCUGGCAACAGCAAGUACAGCUGUAAAGUCUGUGGCAAAAGGUUUGCCCACACCAGUGAGUUCAACUACCACCGGAGGAUCCACACUGGGGAGAAACCUUACCAGUGCAAAGUGUGCCACAAGUUCUUCCGUGGCCGCUCCACCAUCAAGUGCCACCUGCGGACGCACUCGGGAGCGCUGAUGUACCGCUGCACUGUGUGUGGGCACUACAGCUCCACGCUCAACCUCAUGAGCAAGCACAUAGGGGUGCACAAAGGCAGCCUCCCCCCAGACUUCACCAUCGAACAGACUUUCAUGUACAUCAUCCACUCCAAAGAUGCUGAGAAGAACACGGACAGCUGAUGGGGUGAGGGCAGGGCAGAGGAGCACAUGCACCCCCCCGUGGCAGAAGCUGUGGAAGCGAGAGCAAGAGGCUUUUCUUUUGUUUCAGGGUGGAUGGGAUCCUCCUUUUCUAUCUGCCUUUUGAUUUCUUUUCCCCUUGAGUUUUCAAUUGGGAGGGUUUUGCUUCUCCUUUGGCUUUGCUCAGGCUGUUUUAGCUUGGUGGCAUUGUACAAAUGAACAGCACGUGAGCUACGUCACUGGUCCUGAGAAGUCUGUCGUGUUUACUCCCCUCUGGUCCUGUUAGAGGCCUCAGAGUUCUGUGUUUUUAGCAUUUCCCCUCUAGGUUUUGAAUCUAGAUGAGAUAUAUCUAUUAUUUUUUAACCUUUUAGCCCACUGGACUAGGCCAACCCUCAGUUUGAGCUUCACAAACUGAUGCUGCUAAGAUUUUUCACACCUGACCUCAGUGGAGAGGGAUGGAGCCGGAGCAGGAGGCUGCUGGACUCGAAAGGAAAGGAAAACAAAGCAAAGACUCGUUCCUGGGCAUCGCUGGGUUCUGCUGCUAUUGCAAGGAGAGAAAAGCCCACGUCACUGAACCAGCCCCAAAGCCAUCGCUGUGCCACAGGGGAGGUGAGCAGGCAGCCCAGCAGUGAUGAGAGGAGGGUGAUGGGCACUGGUGUGGGCAGCUCCAGGGCAGCGUGGCUCAGGACACGUGUCCUGAGGUGGCAUCUGCACAGGAGGAGUGCCACCAGCUCCCUGAAGAGCCCAAGCAGCGGGACAGCCGGGAUCUCUCGGAGGAGCAGGAGAAGAGGGUUCCCAUUGUGAGGUUGGCAGCUCCUUGGGAGGUAUUUGAUGGUCCUGCCAACCUGCAGCUGGGCACCAGGAGCAGCCAACAUCUCCUCAGCCAGCACAGUACAUCCUUGGGCUGCCAGAAGUGCCAGCAUCACCGCGGCUGCACAGCUCCCAGCAGACAAGGUGUGAUGAAGCUGUUGCCUUAACUGCCAGGGAGGUACCUCUGAGGGGCACUUUUCCCUCUGCUGAAGGGAUGAGCCCCGUUCCUGUGGCAUGUGAGUGUUGCAGGAUGCUGUUUGGUGCCAUGUGAGCUCCUCCCUCUGCUGUAACUUCACCAGGAGCUGCUCUAACCCUCAGCUCAGCCUGUGCCAGGCACGGGCUGGGCACCCCCUGGCACGGCGAGCUCCUGGCUGCGCUGCUGGGGCCGGCUCUGUGCCAGCGGCGUUUCCACCACGAAGGGAAGGGAUCAGGUUGUUGGUUUGGUGGUGGGCAUUGUUUGUUUGCCCCUGUUAUCCUGCUGUGGGGCAGAGGUGAAGAGGAACAAGCAUUUGUGACGCCGCAGCGUGAGCCAUGGCUGCCCUUAGGUAACUCGUUCUACCUCACAAACAGCGCUCAGGGCUUUCAAGCCACGCUCCUCGUAAAUUGGCUCCUGAAGAUAAGCUCUUACAAAACAAAACAACAGAAAAAACUAGUGAUUUUGCAAACCCUGCCAACUCAUCCCUCUCCCCCUUCCUCCCAAAGGCUCAGCCCCUGGCACAGGAGCAGCGGCGUGGGGCUGGAUGCGUCCGUCGCUGAGCUCGGAGUGCCUGGGGAGGCUGGGGGUGGUGUCACUCCCCCUGUGGCCACUUCUCUCCUUGGCCUUGGCCUUGGGCAAGUCACUUCACCUCUCUGCCUCAGUUUCCUCAUCUGUAAAAUGAGGGUUGGUAACACUUGUGGUACCUACCUACCUCCCAGGAGUGUGGUGAAGGGUGCUGGCUCGUACCCACGAGCGCGUGGGAGAUGCGAAGCGCUCGGUGAAUGUCGAUCUUUAGUGUCCUGGCUCCACCUUUCCCUCUUCUAUCCCCCCUCUUCUGUCUCCCAGACCUGUCUUGGCUCCUUUUGCUCCUGUUCAGCCUUUCCCUAGCAAAAGCAAACCUCUCUUUAGCCCCUUCCCCCCGCAGUGCUGCAGAAGCAGCUCUGUAGCAAUAGAAGUGGGGGAUGGCUCAGCACCAUCGUGUCUACAGAGGGCUCAGGGGACGUGGCAGCUGGGAUGUGUGUGCUGAGGAGUCCCCUGGGUUGACAGAGCAGAUCUCUGCAUCACCCAGCUGCAUCCCAGGGAGAGGGGAGCUGGUGGGUGCAGAGGUGGAAGCCUCUGCCCUUCCCUGCCAUGGCUGUGGUUUGCCUGUGACGUGUUUCCACCGUGGCAGCUCCAGGUCCAGCCCCGCUGGGAUGGGUGGGAAGGGACAGAAGUCAAUGUUGAGCCACGUCCCUGUAGUGGUGCUGAGCCCUGGCUGAGACCUGGUGACCUUUCCCAGGCAGCUCCUUCAUCCUGAGCUCGUGUCAUCAUCCUUGGUCACCCCAUGGACCUGCAGCACCUGAGUCCACCCCCCUGCAGCCAGGUGGGGUGGGAGGAGUGGACCUUGCUGAGGAGGAACGAGAGGUUGUUGGGGGUUUGUGUUCUUUCCUCAGUCCCUCUAAUAUUGGCCAAGUUUGGAGCUUACCCUGGGGGAUGUUAAACUAGGCUUGUCCUGGUUUUGCUGCCUGGAGCCUGGUUUCAGAGGAGGCACCAGAGCCAUCACCCAACCCUGGGGCUGGCCAGGCUGGGUUGACUGGGCUGUCAUGGGUUCCAGACUCUGGUUUUGGGGUACCAGCCAGCUGCCAGGCCAUGGUCCAUGAUCUCUAGCUGCUCAUGGAGCUGUGGUUAGCUUAGUGUUGUCCAGUUUAAAGAGAAACAAGGGGAAUGGUGCUGUAGGGAAGUGUGGGAGUUGGUGGUGGUUCACCAGAGGCUCCUGAGGAGCUCUGUGAGUUAUGGGGUUCCUUUUGGUGUCCUGGUGAUCACAAGAUGGGCUGGGAGAUGGGAAAGGCUGUGACCUGCUCUGCUCUACUCUGAGAUUGCUAUGAAGGAUGUGAUGGGGUCAGGCUGAGGCUUGGGAGAGUCCUUAAAGCCUCAAGACCCUCCUUGAAGUUCCCAGAAGCUGUGAUGAGCUUUUGGCUGGGUUGGGGCACUGCCACACAGCAGCAGCUGCAGCCCUGUAUCUCACUUAAGCUGUGAAGCAAAAGCCUUUUGUGCACAUAAACCAAAAAGAGAAGCUUUUACACUGAAACACUAAUGGGCAAAGCAGAAGCCCACCCUUCUGGGGUGGGAAAGCAGAAGCCCACCCUGUGUUCUGCCAGUUGGUUUUGGUUGUGGGGACAGGGAGAGUGCUGGGGUCCCUGAUGGUUGUGGGUCAUGGAGUCUUUCCUGAGCUAUAAUGAAUCAUUCCCCCAUGAAACACCCUGAGAUCAGUCUGGGGGGGACACAGAGAUGUUGCUGCUUCUCCUCAGAGGGUUUUGUCCCGAGAGGGUGUCAGAGACCUGAGUGUUCCUGCUGCCUCCCCUGGGAGAGCCCUCUGCAGGCUUCAGCCAGCCUCAUGGCUGUGGCAUCCCUGUCCCCUCAGUGGCUUGGCUGUCCCUGAGUCCAGGCAGCCUGGGCUGUGUGUGGCCUCAGAGGAUGGUGUGGGCUGAAGCCCUGGGCUCAUCCCAAGCUCCCACCGAGGAGCCGUGGGAAAGGAGGGAGGAGGGGACACGCAGCCAGGGCUGUGGCCACACACCCAGCUCUGUGCCAGAGGCCAGAUGCCAUCUGCAGCAUGGAGGAGCUUGGGCUGGAAGCUCUGUGCCUGGAUCUGCUCCAGCCCCAGCGCUGCCUCCAGUGAGACCUUCAGCAAACCUGCUGCCCCUGCCUGGGCUCCCCCAGGGAGCAAAGCGCUGGCAGCUCAACCUACCUCACCCAGGGCAGCCCUGAGGCUUGGCUCGUGUUUGCAAAGUGCUUUUUGGGAUCCUUGGGGGAGGGUACAAGAGGGGAAAAGCUUCUCCAUGAUGGGGAAACCCCAACACAAAGCCUGUCCCCCUUCCAAGGCAGCGCUUCGAGACCCAUCCUCCACGCCAAGCUGGGUUUGAUUCUCCCUUUGUCCAAGGAUCCAGGUCAGAGUCAUUAAGCAGAAGAGAGUAAAACCAAGAAAUGAGUUGAAUUGCUGUCUAACCUUCCUUUUUUUGUUAAGUUAAUAGUAGGUACUGACCUGAUAUUUAAGUGUUUACUAUCUAUUUGCUGUAAAGUUUUGUAUAUUUUGUAAACUUUCCCCCCUCUCCCUCCAAGCCCAGAUAGUAGAUGUCUACAAUGGUUGUACAUCAGGUUCUUUUCUACUCCAUUGUUCAGCACAAAGUGUGGUUUUUAUUUAGAAUAAUAAAAUGGAAA